UCAUGGGACUGAGCGACUACUAGAUUCUUGGACUUCCUAUUCACAGCUACCCACUGUUGGGUUAGUUGGACUGCUGACUGUUGGUCAUUCCAGUAGGUUUUGUGACUCUAGAGAACCCUGACUAAUACAAACUCCACCUCUUCUCGGGGGGCUGCACAUCAGAAGGACGAGCCAAGUUCUUGAGCAGUGGGGCUGCAGCUGAGUCCAUAACCCGGCUUCCUCACUGAGACUCUGGGUUCCUUCCUCUCUUACCCACUUGCUCUUCGGGAAGCUCACAUGCGGGCUGGAAACCCAUUUGUUCCUCUUCAGAAGUUUUGUUAUUUAAAAUGUAACAGGUGAACACCCACGGGGGAUGUGGUUUUUGUAUAGAAGUGCCUGAAGUCCCUAGGAAAGCCCUGAUGUUUGGUUGGGUCUGAGAACUGUCAUCUACUGGCAUACAAUGAAUGCAUCACAGUGAGGCUUACCCUGUGGACAUCCUGGAGGAUGACGCGGAGGGCUAUCAGGCAGCAGCUGAGGCUUACUAUGAGAUGCUCAGGGAAGGAGCCCAGACCUCAGCAGAGGUUAUCUCCCUUUCCACUGGGGAGCAGGUCAGACUUGAGGCUUCAUCUCUUUGUUUUUGCACGAUGUACCGUGAUGAACCUCAACAUAAAAUACUGGGUUUGGUUAGUCCCCAGGACACAAAGACAGUUGUGGCUGUUUACUUAAAGGAAUCCUGGUGGUCCAUCGAAGACAUCCUAAGAACUUCUGAUCCCACGCGGGAAGGGCUCAUGAAGGUUCAGUCCUUUGGGGAAAGGAUUAUUCUCUUUGUUCUCAACGUGAUUGUUUUUGGAAGACUGGAGAGAAGGCUGCACAGCGAUGACAUGUUUUUCUUACCUCACCCUGCGAAGGAGCAAGCUAAGAUUCUGUGGAGAGAUGGAGCCGCGGUUGCAUUUUACUCAGUCAAAAUGAAAGGCAGCCUCUGUGGUGAUGGUACCGGCACAUGCUACCUGCUGCCUGUCUUCGACACCGUGUUUGUGAGGAGGAAGAACCGUUGUCAAGGCCUGGGGACAGCCAUGCUGAGGGACUUCUGUGACACCUUUCAAGGAGACGAAGCUCUGGGUAUCAGUUGUCCGAUAUCUCCUGCCAUGUACAGAGUCCUCAGGCAGUUCCUGUUGACCUGUCCAGGCGAGAGAGGGCGCUUGUGGGAGGUGGAGCCCCCGGGGGCCUGGGGCCAGCAGCGUGUUAACAUCUGGCUCAAGGUUUAUCUUCAAGAGCGGAGACUUCAAGAUGGGAGCACCGUGCACCCUAAAUGUUCUGAAGAGGACACGGACACUCCUGGGCAGGCUUCUAAGGAGGAUGGACCCACACAGUUUAAUCAUGGAGAAAGCCACAAGGAGUGGGCUGUUGGAGAACCGGAGAGGACACAGAAUGACCGACGGUGUGCGGAAGUGUGUGAGGAAGCGCGUUAGGUGUGAACUCGGCACCUAACUCCUCAGAGGUCCGUCUGGCUUCUCCAGGAACGGAGCCUGAGGGUUUUAUACAGCCCUGAAUAGUCUCUGGUCCCGAGGAUGGUGUUUGUUAUCUCUGGCUCCCCUGGUAGGCUCCGGAACAACAGGGUCUGAAGACGUGCUUGGGUGAGCCAGUUACUCAAUGGGAGCCACUUUUGUGGGCCAACUGUUGGCAGAUGCAGGACUUUAGAACGUCAUUCAUUAAAAUGACCAUUGCUUCCACUCCCCAGGAGGAUAGGAGGGAGAUGCGUGGGACCCUGUGAAUGAAUGCACACCCUUCCCUUUAGUGGAAACAGGCUCAGAGAUGGACCAUGGUUCCCAUCCAUGUUGUACAUUCAGCCCUGUUGUAACCUCAGAGCUCCACAGUGGAGUUUUUCAGGGAGACACAUUCCUUCUCUGGGGACUUGUCAGUCACUUCUGAGCUCCUUGAGGACACACACCAGGGCUGGAUAAUGUCAACCAUGCCAGGGCCCAAUGGUGGCCACUGUGGGCCUUGGACUGCAUUAGGCUCAGUGUACUGCCCGUGUUGCCUUCAAUGCCAUCGGGUCCAGAUGUCUGCAUGCAGGGGAGGAUUUCUACCUGAGAAAGCGAGCCUGGCACUUUAUGUUCCCUGAAUGCUCAACAACAUAUGCUGUGGGGCCUUAUAUUUGUCAAAGCGUGCAGCUCUUUGCUCAUUUCUACAUACAUGCACACAUGCAUGCGUGCACACAUACAUCUCUCAUUUUCUCUCUCUUCUUUUUCCUU